AUGGGGAAGGAUUAUUAUAAAAUUUUGGAAGUUGACAAGAAGGCCGAUGAAGAAACUCUUAAAAAAGCUUAUAAAAAAUUAGCACUUAAAUGGCAUCCAGACAGACAUCAAAAUGAUAAAGAGCAAGCAGAAAUCAAGUUCAAGGAGAUAAGUGAAGCUUACGAAGUAUUAAGUGAUAAACAAAAAAGGGAGAUUUAUGAUAUAUAUGGUGAAGAAGGUCUGAAAGGUGGUGCUCCACCACCAUCAUCAAAUGGUGGUGGUGGUUUUAGUGGCACAUUCCCAGGUGGUUUUCCAGGAGGUAAAACAUUCACAUACACUUCAACAGGAGGGUCAGGCGGGUUUAAACCAUCGGAUCCUACUUUCAUAUUUAAUGAUUUCUUUAAAAGUUUUGGUGGAGAUGAUGAAUUUCCAUUUCCUGGGUUUGGUGGUGGCAGCGGAGGCACAAGGUUUGGUGGUAAAAGAUCAGCAGAUAUGAGUGAUUUCUUUGGUAGAGGGCAUGGUGAUGGUUCAGGAACAUCAGAAGUUAAAUAUACAAUUUCAUUAACACUUGAAGAAAUACACAAAGGCAUUAUCAAAAAACUUAAAGUCACUCGAAAGAUAAUUGAUGGUGCAACUGGUAAACAAGUACCAACUGACAAAAUUUUGGAAAUCAAUGUGAGACCUGGCUUGAAAGCUGGUACAAAAUUCAGAUUCCCAAAUUCAGGUGAUGAAUUACCAACUGGUGGGUCACAAGACAUUGUUGUGAUCUUGGAAGAAAAGCCUCAUCCAAUAUUCACAAGGAAUGGUGAUGAUUUAUCAGUAAAAAUCACAUUAACUUUACUUGAAGCUCUUACAGGCUUCAAGAAAACCAUACAAACUUUAGAUGGUAGAACAUUGGCAAUAUCUAAUUACAUUAGUGUUAUAAAACCUGGUCAAGAACAAAGAUUUGCAAAUGAAGGUAUGCCAACUAAAGAACCAACAAAAAAAGGCGAUUUAUUAAUAAAAUAUGAUGUUAAAUUCCCUAACAAAUUAACUGAUCAACAAAAACAAGAACUCAAGAAGGUUUUAGCGGGAGUUUCAUAG